GGACAUUUCAAAUCGAGGAGAGAGGCGCCCAGUCUACGGGAGUUUCUGAACACAAACAAUGCACAGACAAGGCAAAGGAAAGACUCCUCGGAGGCCGGGCCCCAAAAAGCCACCAAGUGUAGAGAAAGACCCUGUUGGAGUAUACUGUCGUAUACGUCCACUCGGAGAAGGAGAUGUGGAAUGUUGUGUUGAGAUGAUUAGCAGCUCUACCAUUCAGCUACAUCCUCCUGAUGGCCUUAAAGCAAAUCGCAAUGGAGAAUACAAAGAGACCCAGUACUCCUUUAAGAAAGUAUUUGGUAUUAAUACCAGCCAAAUUGAGCUGUUUGAGGAUGUUGCCAAGCCUCUGGUGGAAGAUCUCAUUCAGUGUAAAAAUGGUCUGCUCUUUACAUAUGGUGUGACUGGAAGUGGUAAGACAUUCACCAUGACUGGCUCACCUGGAGAAGGUGGUCUCCUCCCUCGUUCUCUAGAUAUGAUCUUCAACAGCAUCGGCCCCUUUCAGGCCAAAAGAUUUGUGUUCAAACCUGAUGACAAAAAUGGGUUGGAGAUUCAGAAUCAAGUUGAUGCUCUCUUGGAGAGACAGAAGCGGGACAGUCAGCCCAGUGUGCCCAAAACACCGUCAUCCAGGCAGAAGGCUGACCCAGAGUUUGCAGAUAUGAUCAGCCCAGAGGACGCAUGUAAAUCUGAGAAUGUGGAUGAAGACUGCUGUUAUAGCGUCUUUGUGUCCUACAUCGAGAUCUAUAACAACUAUAUCUAUGAUCUCCUUGAAGAUGCUCCAUUUGACCCAAUCAGACCCAAACCACCUCAAUCAAAAAUUCUCCGUGAAGACCAGAAUCAUAACAUGUAUGUGGCUGGCUGCACAGAGGUGGAAGUGAAAUCUACAGAGGAGGCUUUUGAAGUCUUUUGGAAAGGACAAAAGAAAAGGAGGAUAGCCAACACUCAACUCAACCGUGAAUCCAGUCGUUCCCACAGUGUGUUCACAGUGAAGCUCGCCCAGGCUCCACUUGAUGCGGACGGUGAUCACAUUCUACAGGACAAAAAUCAGGUGAAUGUGAGCCAGCUGUGUCUGGUUGAUCUGGCAGGCAGUGAACGCACCAACAGAACCCGUGCAGAAGGAAGUCGUCUCCGUGAAGCAGGUAACAUCAAUCAGUCCUUGAUGACACUGCGAACAUGUAUUGAAGUCCUGCGUGAAAACCAGAUGUGUGGAACUAAUAAGAUGGUGCCAUACAGGGACUCUAAAGUUACACAUCUGUUUAAAAACUACUUUGACGGAGAAGGAAAAGUCAGGAUGGUUGUGUGUGUCAACCCAAAGGCUGAUGAUUAUGAUGAAACUCUGCUGGUGAUGCGUUUUGCUGAGAUGACACAGGAGGUGGAGGUUGCUCGGCCGGUUGAUAGGCCUAUUUGUGGCCUUGCAGCUGGACGCAGGCACAGAAACCAGGCCUUCAGAGACGAGCUGUCACGUCGCCUAGAAGAGCGGGGAGGUCCAACUAAUGCUGUUGAUGACCCAAGUUUGAUGAGUCAGCUUAUUGAAAGCCUUCCAGCCCUUCCUCCCUGUGAGCUGGUUGACCCAGCUGAUGAUCAGAUGUUACCCCGCCUGAUUGAGGUCCUGGAAAGGAGGCAUCGUAUCCGCCAGAUGAUGACAGAUCAGUUCAACAGAACUGCCACAACACUGAAGUCCAUGAUUCAGCAGUUUGAUGGGCAGCUCAGUGCAAAGGAGAACUUCUUUCAUGAUCAACGAAGCAAACUAAGUGAGAAAGACAAAGUCAUCACCAACCAGAGGACAGAGUUGGAACGAUUAGAGAAAAAAUCCAAAACAUUAGAAUAUAAGAUUGAUAUCUUACAGAAGACUACGGACAUGUAUGAACAGGACAAGCGCUCCCUUCAGCAGGAGCUGGAAACACGGGAGCAGAGGCUGCAGAGGGAGCUGUCAGAGAGGAGGCGCAUGGAGCAGCGCAUGCAGGGUGUGAUGACAGACACCAAACUCAAGUGGGAGAAGGAGUGUGAGAGGCGAGUGAAUGCCAAGCAGCUGGAGAUGCAGAACAAGCUUUGGGUAAAGGAUGAGAAGUUGAAGCAGCUCAAGGCCAUAGUGGCAGAGAGCAGCAGCAGCAGCAGUGGUGGAGCUGGCUAUUCUGUUGAGCGCCAAGAGAAGCCCGAGAGGCCCUCAAGAGAGAGGGAUCGCAACAUGGCUCACAAGAGGUCUGCCUCACCAUCACCACUUCCUGACAUCAGCCAAACUCCUUCCAACCAAUAUCGAGCCAAAGUCAGGGCAGUUCAGGACCCUUACCCCACCUCCACCACCUCCUCCUCCUCUACAGCCUAUCCCUCUGUUGCCUAUUGCAUCUCUGAGUGGGAGCAGAGGUUCCCACUCAGAGAUGGAAACUCCUGUACUGGGACUCCUCAGUACGGGGGCCGGACUCCUGCCCACUGCCAAGGCACCAGCAGCGUGGGUCGCAGGAGAGGCCAGCGCUGGGCUCCUGACUCUGGGGCCCCUGCUACGACUCUUGUCUAUGGGCUAGACCUAGAAGCAGGCACAAGGACGGCCACCCCGGUUCGUCCAACGCACAGGCGCUCACACUCUGCGGGUGGGGAGAAAUGGGUAGACCACAAACCGACCUCUAAUUUGGACCUAGACACUGUCAUGCAGCCAAUCAUACCCAAUGCAAUCAAGGUGUCAACCCCUAACGAGAAAGCUCUGUCUAAAUGCCAAAAGUACGUGCUUAGACAUCAGGAGCUUGCCUCUGACGGGGAAAUCGAGACCAAAUUGAUCAAGGGUAACGUUUUUAAGACCAGAGGUGGAGGACAGGCUGUACAAUUCACUGACAUCGAAACACUUAAACAAGAAUGCCCAACAGCACCGAGUCGCAAGAGGCGUUCAGGGUCUGCAGAGGGCCCAGCUCAUAUAGACAACAUAGAAAACAAGGCUCCGGUGACGAGCACAAGUUCAAUCCAUGGCUAUCAAAAACGAAGGAAGCCUUGAGGUGCUGUUGAUAUGAAGGAACUAUUUUUUCUUGCCUGACUUUUUGAUCAGUGAAGGGACUGCCAUAUGAAGCUAUGCAUCCUCUUGAGAGUCAGCACAUUUUUCUUUUGUACCGUCUUUUUUUUUUUUUAUAAAUUAUCGUGCAAUUCUAAUUUAAUCAAAGCUGAAAUGAUACUAUGCUGGACUAGUGUGCUUUCCAUUUUGGAACACUCUCAUUUAAUCUUAGAGUCAUGUAAAUAUUUAUAGCCCAAUAUGAAUAUUCUUUUUUCACCUUAUAUUUUCACUGCUUUUUACUGCUACCCAAAGAUUAGAAUAUUUGAGCCUUAGAACAAUGGAAAAUGUUUAUUUUUAUAGUUUGUAGUGUCAGUGGUUGCUUUUUCAAGGAUAAUUCAUUCAUCAGAUGUAAAAUCAAAUAUGAAUGUGAUUAUAAAAAGAAAAGUAGAGGAUACAGCCAUUUUAGAAUAACAAUGUGUCAGACUUCAGCUGUAUAUAUGGAGCUGUAAAGCAGGUGCUGAAAUCAGUCUGUUUACCUGUAAAUAAGUAUUGCAGUUUAUCUGUGUUUACUGAAGCUUUGAGAAUGUGUAGCACAUUAGUGUUUUGGUGGCAUUAAAUUUAU